GAAGUACGCCAUGACUUUACACGGAGAGUUUUGUUGUUGACGAGAAGAAUACGAGGAUAGGUAGGUGCAGUAAAUUUAAUUUGCCUCCGAAAACGGUCGCGCAAUUUCGUCGCUCGUGAGCGGACACGUAGCUCGAGGGAAACGCUGCGCCAUGUCGGCUACAAGGAAUUGUCCGGCACGUCGCGCCGAGCUGUGAAGGAACGCCGUUCCUUGUGGUUGGAAAGCACGCUUGUUUUGCUGGCAGUGAAAGUAUAGUAGCGAUUCGCCCUACCCGAAAAGAAGCCCGUGCUCUGCGAGGGAAACUUCGAGGGGCAUGGUGGUGACUUCGGAGAACCCGAAAGGGGCGUCGGCCUCUUUGAGCAACGACGAAGGCGGCAGCACGAGCGGCCAGCAGGAUGGCAGCUUCGAGUGCAACAUCUGCCUAGACACGGCCAAGGAUGCCGUAGUCAGUCUCUGUGGCCACCUGUUCUGCUGGCCGUGCCUGCAUCAGUGGCUGGAGACACGGCCGAACCGCCAGGUGUGUCCAGUCUGCAAGGCAGGCAUCAGCCGAGACAAGGUGAUUCCCCUUUACGGCAGGGGUGGCUCCAAACAGGACCCCAGGGAGAAGUUGCCACCUCGACCACCGGGACAGAGAUCCGAACCAGAAAGUCACCCAGGGCCUUUCACCUCCUUUGGCUUUGGAGACACUGGCUUUCACAUGUCAUUUGGAAUCGGUGCCUUUCCCUUCGGCCUGUUUGCUUCCACCUUCAACUUCGGCGACGGCCGUCCUCCACCGACAGCCAUGGGCAGCCAAGAGCACCGCCAAGACCAGAUCGUGUCCCAGGUGUUCCUCUGGGUGGCCUGCAUUUUCCUUGUGUGGCUGAUCAUCGCGUGAUUGGUUUACGCCACCACGAAACGUCAGCUGCGCCGUUCCCAGCCAAAAGAGUCUUGGUGGUAGGGGAAACGAUGCUUCCGUACCGUUUCUCUCACUGGACUGGUCUCCUCGGAGUCUGUGGCGGUCGGAAAAUUAUCACAUCUGUUUCAACGAAGGCCUUCUCCCUCUCUCCUUCAGAGGUUUUCUUUUUUUCCCCCGCCACCUUUUCCUCCGUUCCCCUUUUGUAUGUCAUGUUGCCGUUAAAAAGUGCUUGCGACGGGGCUACCUGCUAGACAGUAGUGGUGCUCUGGGCAUCGAAGACGGGACGUUAUGUCGCCGUUGUCGGAAAGCGAGCCGGCGGGCACGAGCGCGCUGCUUUUUGGGCAACGAACGUGGUCUCGACUGUCACUCUCUUCCCUAAAUGUCUGUUGGCAAACGAGCCCCUCGCGAAGACUGCACGCGCACAAACCAGAAAUACAAUUGUUGUGCCUGGGGUGUAACGAAGGGGCGGGCGCAGUACUGGUGUAAUUGCGACUGUGGCGCUCUCGAUUUGUGUCAAACUUUGUUUUCUUAGUGCAGAGUGACCGCUUUUGAAAAUACGGAAUAGCAGCUUUAACGAUCAAGAGAUGGUGUGUAAUGUGUGCCUGAUGUGAUUUCAAUGUGUGUGUUUCUGUUCUUCCUUCUUUAGACUUGCCCUAAUGACAAGUAGCAGUUGGCUAGACUGCAUUGUUUACUCUUCUUUAUUUUAUUCAAGUUCUGGAUGAUAAGAGACUGCUCAUAGUUUUAUUUCAUUUCUUGUUCUGUUUUUUUCUGGGACAUUUUUGCACCUGCUGCCGACAUUCCUUCCCACCUGUGGCAGAGGCCUAGGUCUUUCAGGCUUUUGUGCCAUUCUACAAUAGCCACAGUUCUGGCCACUGUGCGUCGUUACCAGACACUGCGACACAUCGAGACAGUUGCAUUGGAAUUAAUAUUUUGUAAUAAAUGUGUAUACACGGAGUGGAAGUUCGUGCUGCACUGCUUUUACAGUGCAGUUUUUUUGUCUCUCGUCUUUCCAGUCGUACUUGUCAACUGUAUGUAAAUAAAUGGCCCUGUUGUGAGGUACUUGGCGAGAUGGAGUAUAUUUACAGCAGAAAAAAAAAAAAAAUUUUAAGUCUUGCAGCCAUGGGCCUUGUCAGUCAUUGGUUUCCAGGAUUAGACAUUGUUAGAUAUUGAAUGGUUCGAGUUUUACAUAUUUUUUCGUUCUUUGGGAAAUAAAGAAACAAAGACCACA